AUGCCGCGGGAGAAGCAGAAGCGAGGGCGCCGAGCAGAGGCCAAAAAGGAAAGGGAGAACUCUAAGCGAAAGCGGGAAUACGAUAACGCUGAUACCGAAGCCACGAAGCGACCAAAAGUGCAAGACGACGAGACCUACGCAGCGCCGGUGCACCAGGAAAAUGCGUUUGGAAACGGAGAUGAUUAUAUCCCUCUCGAAGAUGGCGCUGCUCCGGUUGACGAUACGCCGUUUUACGGAUUAUUAGAUUCAGACGAGCAGGAAUAUUUCUCGCGUGCAAGCCAGACCUUGGAACUAAACCAAUUUGAGAACGAUGAAGACCGAAGAACCUUCAUUGACAGUGUGUUGGAGGAAGCAAACGGGAAAGAAUUGAAAAUCGCGUGCAGCCAGUCCUGUUCGCGGCUCAUGGAGAAGUUGAUCUCCAUGUCGAGCGCGAGCCAGCUUAAGCAUCUGUUUGGCAAGUUUACCGGGCAUUUCCUGCAUCUCGUUCAGCACCGGUUCGCCAGCCAUUGCUGUGAACGGCUGUUUUUACGUGCCGCGCCCAUCGUUGCGUACGAGACGAAACCUCGAACGAAGAAGCAAGCAGAUGUGGAAGAGGACAAGAUUGACGGGCAACCGGUUUCGAAUUUGCCAAUGGCGGAUCUAGUGUUGAAUGCGAUAUCGGAACUUGAGGGGAACUGGGGGUACCUGCUCACCGAAUCUUUCGCAUCCCAUACUAUCAGGGUGUUACUUUUGAUCUUGGCCGGUGAACCAUUGGAUAACGCUUCGAACGUUGCGAUGAUUGCCAGCCAAAAAAAGGAGAACGUGGAAUCUCUAAAAUCAAGGUCCCAGCCAGAACCUUCGUCGGCAGAGAAACGUGAUGUUCCCCCGGUAUUUAAAGCAGCCUUAGAAAAGAUGAUAAAUGACCUGAUCACCGGCUUGGAUUCAACCUAUUUACGUGCUUUGGCAACGCAUCCAGUCGGCUCACCGGUUCUCCAGGUUCUCCUAACGGUCGAGUUGACUCAUCUUGGAAAAGAUAGAGCAAAAGAUCCGAAUUCUGUUGUGCGUCGACUCAUUCCAGAUGAUUCUCUAGAGGACACAGACAGCGCUACGUUUAUAAAUGGAUUAUUUUACGAUCCCGUUGGCUCUCGCUUGCUAGAAACCUUGUUACGGUAUGUCCCGGGCAAGUUCUUCAAGAUGAUAUACAAGAGUAUGAUCCGCGAGCGAAUUGGGUCUCUGUCUCGAAAUGAAGUCGCAUCAUACGUCGUUGUCCGUGUCCUCGAGCGGCUUAGCAAGGAAGACUUGCAGGCUGCUAUGGGGCUUAUCCUGCGCGAGGUGCCUUCAAUGGUUGAACGUUCAAGAUUGAAUGUUAUUAAAUCUUUAAUAGAGAGGGGCAAGCUACGUGGAACAAACCUCACUCCUCUAGCUGAUGCACUCAAAUCGGCUUAUGGAGCGGAAUCUCUUUCGAGGCUCAAAAAGAUUUUGAACCUGGACGAAGCAAGCAAGGAGGAUCCCGCAAAAAGCGCAAUCGACGAGCCAAUUUCGUCGACAACUUAUACCCAAAUUUACCGGACAUUUAUGCGACCUCGCGUUACACACGAGCGGCUCUCAUGUUGUUGA